UAAUGACUUCUAGAAUGUCCCAUCUGGGGCCACUGAGAUGACACCAUUGGUAAAGAUGCUACUAAGCCUGUGUAUUUGAUCACUGGGACUCACAUGAUGGGCAGAGCUGACUUACCUGACCUCCCUGAACACACACACACACACACACACACACACACACACACACACACACACACACACUGUACAUAAAUAAAUUAACCUGUGACAGGCACACACCAGUCAUUUCAGCAUGGGUGGCUGAGGCAGAAUCACCAGGAGAUUUGGUUUUGGUCUGCCUGGGCUACACAGUGAGACCUUAUCUCUCUCUCUCUCUCUCUCUCUCUCUCUCUCUCUCUCUCUCUCUCUUUUCUUUUUUCUUUUUUUCGGAGCUGGGGACCGAACCCAGGGCCUUGCGCUUGCUAGGCAAGUGCUCUACCACUGAGCUAAAUCCCCAACCCCCGAGACCUUAUCUCAAAAACAAAAUUUAACGACAAAACGUGAGAACCUACCUGGCAGGGACCAGACUACUUUGCCUUCCUUAGCUUGCUUGUACAUGAGAGUACCUCCUUUAGAAAAUGCUAGAAGGUUCUAGCUGCAUCCUCGGUGCAGUGAGGUGCUAGACCUACCUGAGAAGGCAUCUCCACCUAGGUGAGCCAGAGGAAGAGACAGGAGGGCAUCCUCAAUCCCCACUUAGAGGAGCCUGGAGGCCCGAGCAACACCGAGUAUUCAAGUCAGGUUUGGGGCAGUUACAGAAGGGGUAUUCCGGGGUAUCUGGGGACAGAGGGCAAGUGUCUUGAGGCAGCGUUAGAAGCUUCAGGAACACAGUCCAGCUCCGUGCCGAGGAGGGUGCCACUGAGGAAGGGCGGGACUGGAGCCCCAGAACCCCGCGCAGCUCGCCAUUCCUACGGUCCGCCAGCAGGGGCCGCGCGUGGGCGAGGCGCUGCCAACCUGGGCGCGCACCUGUAGCCUGGGCGGACCGCAAGAAUGGCGGGAUCCCGGCUGCUGCCCCUGACGCUGUCUUUGCUGCUGCUCGCGAGAAUCGGAGACUCCUCCGUCGUCCUUACAUGUACAGGUGUUGCUUUUACACUACUCUGGGAGAGCGUAAUAACAAACACCUCCCCAACUACAGAAUCAAUACAGACAACCUCCAAUCCCACCUCCCAAAGUACAGAGACAACCCCUGCGUCCACCUCUCCAAGUCUCCACCCCACAAUUCUGGAAACCACAUCCUCUCCACACUCCAGCUCCAACCCCACAAGUCUGGAAACCACAUCCUCUCCACACUCCAGCUCCAACCCCACAAGUCUGGAAACCAUAUCCUCUCCACACUCCAGCUCCUACCCCACAUCAGGCUCAGCCUCCCCAGAACCAGAGACAGCUUCUUUCCCCAGCUCUGUGUUCCCCAGUUCUGAGCCAACCACCACACCCCAGUUCACGAACUUGGCUCCACAAGGGUCACCCACUUCGUCCAGUCCAGGCCAGGAUGCAGGCAGCCUCUGGAUCCCCACAUCACACAGGAACCCCGGUGUGGUGAUUGCUGUGUGUCUGCUUGUGUCUGUCUUACUCAUUGGCUCUGUGUUCAUCGCUGUGAGACAUUUUAAUCGAGAUGUGCCAGCUUUUCGCAAUCUGGAUACGGUAUCCAUGGGCAGUGUGAGUCAGAGGCUGCCAUUCGCUGACCGCCUACAGUCGUGACUCUCAGAGACCUAGAGAGAUGGUGUGGGUGACACCUGGAAAGAAGAGUUUCUGGAAACUCCCCUCCCCCGCUAUCCUGACCUGGGGAUAAGGGUCAGGAGGACGGCUGGAGCCCAGGGGUUUCAGGCCCACACAUCUAGUACCCCACUCAGUUAUUACAUCAAUCCAGGAGUGAUGGAGCACACCUGUCAUCCCUGCACUUGGGAAGUAGAGACAGGAGGAUCAGGUGUUCAAGUCCACCCUGAACUACAUAAGGGGUUUGAGGUCAGCCUGGGCUGCAUGAGACUCUGUCUUUAAAAUAAUUGUUUUUUUUUUUUUUGGAGGGGGAGGGGCAGCAUGGUUCAAUGGUUAAGAACACUGGCUGCUUUCCAGAGGACCAGGGCUCUGUUUCCAGCACCCUCGUGUAAACUCACAACCAUCAAUAAUUCCAGUCCUAGGGGAUCCAGUGGCCUCUUUUGGCCUCUGCUGUCACCAGGCUCCCAGCUGAUAUACAGACAUACAUGCAGACAAAACACAUUAAAAAAUAAAACUAAAUAAACACAAACUAAGUAAAGUCCUUUCCAUU